GUACUUGGCGACGACCACGAGCAAGCACUCCUUGUCUCUUCCCUCCAUCUUCUCCAAUCAGACCAUCGGGAUCAUGGCUGCAAACUGCCCGCCCCAGCUUCACCUUACGCUACCGGCGAACGCGACGUCCUUCAAACGGUCUUUCGAGCAAUUUGGAUUCGACUUGGAGAGUCCCACGACUGGCAAUGAUGUAGGGUCGAGCUCAGUGGAUAAUGGAGGGCGCAGGGAUCGUAAUAAGCGUGCAAGGAGUGCGAGCAGUGUAUCUGCCCAUAGUAUUUCCUCUAGCAGUUCCAGAUCCUCGACUGUCGUCUCUUCCGGCGAAGCCAGCCCAUCUAGCAGCAGCGAAGCCGUACCUCCCAUUGGCCAGGAAUCAGUAAUCAUACCACCUUUACCACCACGGUUGCCCACGCCGGUCAUUCAGGAUAUUGAGCUGCCCGAUUAUCCUUUGACAGAGGAGCCGUCAACCUCAGUGGCGGCAGAAGAUUCACGAGUGCGUAGGAAUGGGACCAGCCGUGGCGAGGACGAGGACCCUUUCAGUCUCACGUUGCAGCGAUUCGGCGAGUUCGAUACCCAAAUUUCUGUUCUGCGCCACCCAAGGACGUCCUCAUUGCCACGAACCCCAACACCUCCUCCGACUUUGCCGCCCCUUUCUCUAGCAGAAGCACAACAACCUGUAUCUAUUCCAUUUUUGUUGCCAUAUGACCCUUCAGACAUUCCAGAACCGCCACGACCUUUGUCUCCCAUUUCUAAUAGGGCCGCUUCCAGCUCGAGUCCAGUUGAUGAUGAAAGACGUGAGUAAUUAUUUGACAUCGUAGGAAUCGCGGAAACUCAUCUUCCUCAUCAGCCCCGAACCCCACUUCAGAUCCGACCUCUCGUCUAAGUCUGCCUUCCACUGAAUGGACUCGCUUCAGUGAUGGUUUCGACUUGAC